AUGUCCGGUGAUAAUAACAUUGAGCCUACUAGUCGGGGCUCGAACGACAAUAGCAACGGUCCCAGCAACGGAUCUUCAAUGAACAGUAAUCGGUACAGUUUAAACGCUCCCAAGUACAGCAGUCAACCGCCGCCAGCAUCACACACGUAUCUGCCUCCCAUGUCAGUGAAUAUCCCGCCCAUAGCCACCAAGUCGUCCUCGAUAUACAGCCUGCUACAUCAAAGUUCCUCUCGCCCAGAAACGCCAAAUCCAAUAUUACCGCCUCUUAUCGGUAAUGGCCCCAGCUCUCAUAAACCAUCUCCCACCCCUGCACAGCCCCCUCCACAGCUCACAUCACAGCGACAUUCUGCUACGUACUCAAUGUAUCCAUCGUCGAUCAGCCUGAAUAGAUCGAAUUCCUCUGCUUACCCACUUUCCUCCAAGUCAGAGGAAACCUUAAACAACAAUCCUCCUGCUAUUGCCAAACGCACGAACACUUUCCCCUCAAUCCCAAGUAGUGCUAAAAAACAGAAAACAAGCCAAGAGAAACGAAUCUCUUCCAUUUCAAGGAGAAACACGCAGGAAAUAAUAGCUAAGCAAAUUGCAGAAAACAACAAAUCUAAAACCAUCGAGGAGUAUGCACAGAUUGUGAAGCAUGCAGAAAUCAAAGUCUUGAGCAUGGACUCUCAGAACACGUCAAAGGCAGCUUUGCAGCUAGCGGAACAAAACAGGGAAAGAGAAAGACAAGUGUUUGCGUUACUUUGGUUGAUGAAAAACUGCAAGUCACAGCAUGAUAGUUAUGUGCCACGGGGCAAGAUAUUUGCUCAAUACGCCUCAUCCUGCUCUCAAAACAACCUGAAGCCCCUAUCACAAGCAUCUUUGGGGAAGUUAAUAAGAACAGUUUUCCCUGAUUUGACGACUAGAAGGCUGGGUAUGAGAGGUCAAUCCAAAUACCACUAUUGCGGGUUGAAACUAACUGCCAAUGAAAGUAGCGCCGUGACUCUUAGUAACAACAGUGCUUCGUUAUCCUUAGCGCAUAAUAACGACCCUUUAUCGCCCCUAUCAUCACCAUCACCAUCUUCACCGUCGCCGCAGGUACCUAAUGUUCCAUCGCCAUCUUUGUUAAAAAGGAAAAGUCUUUCUCGAACUGCAUCACCAGUUAAACAGAGUAGUUAUGAUAAUCCUAAUGAACCAGAACCCGAAUCACUGCACCAAAACGAGACAGAAACAAAUAAACCGGACUCCUCCCCAGCAGCGGCGAAUAGUCUAAUGGGAACACUGUCGUCUGAAGAAUUAACAUUUGCCCAUGAUUUAAUUGGAAAAGUUUUCAUUUGUAAUGAUAAACUAUCAGAUAGCUAUAACACUCACAUACUGUCGAGCUCAGAACAUCCGCUUUUGACAUCGUAUAAGUUAGAAUUCCCAAAGAUUCCCCAAAAUGUACUUCCCGCAGAUACUGAUCCGGAUGUUAUAUCAUCCUUAGAGUCAUUAUAUCAUAUCCAUUGCAACUCCGUUUACGAAUGCAUCAAAUUUCUGAAAAGUGAUAAUAUAUCUAAUGCAUUAUUCUUCUCUAACUCGAACUCCAUCUCGCCCACGAUGUUUAAUCUAUUCACUUCUGAACCAUUGAUCGAUUGGGUAACGAAGUGUGACUUAAUCACCUAUACAGAGUUAAUCAAGUUUUUUUCACAAUUCAUAAUUCAUUCUAAUGAAAUCAGUGAUUCCGUUAUUCAAAAACUUGAAAGCAUGAUCAAGCUCUUGCCCGAGCAAAUUAAUAAGGCAGUUUUAGAAUUACCAAAGCCACUAGUGCAAAGGAAGUUAUCAAUUAUUAAUAAUUUUACCAAAUUAGUUAAAAAACUAAUCAAGCUAUUAAAAUUCAUUUUAAACUUUUUGAAAAGUUUUCCUAUAUUUAAAAAUGGCAUGAGUAAUGACUGGAAGAAUAUUGUAAAUCUAGACGAUAUUUUAGAAAUGAUGAUUAAUGAGGAUGAUACAAAUUCAGAAACAAACACAAUAAUGCAACAUUUGCAAGGAUUUUGCCAAGUUUUCAUAACAAAGUUUUUAAACUCCUCUAUGAGCGUUAGCAAUGAUCCUUCAAUAUCUAUCGAAUGCAAAUCGUUGAAUGAAAUGAUCAAAGAUUUUUGUUCCUUCAUUUCCGUACAAGGCAAAUUUUCUUGCUUGAAAUUAAUUGAUUGUAGCACAAGAUUCAGAAAUGCAAUAAUCGGUGAUAUUAGCUUAAAGUCAAAUGAGAAUUUACUGUCGUGGUUGUUUCUGAAUAAUGUCAUGGGUCAAUUGCUGAAUUACUGUUUUGAAGUCAUCAAAUUCGUCAAUGACCUAAAGGUUUAA